GUACAAACAUCUAUAAGUCUACGUUGCUUGGCAAGUCUAUCACAACCAAGUAGACUCCCAUCAAUUCGCCCUAAGAUGUCCGACCAGUAUGUGCUUCAGCCAAAUACAGGCAUAGUUUUGUUGGGGUGUAAGACAGCAUUUGAUGGUUUGACAAACAAAGAGAAACUCUAUGCACACUACCUGUCUCAAGCAGCCUGGUAUGGAGGCCUCAUUGUUCUGGUGCAAACAUCACCAGAGGCUCCUGGGCUGUAUGUGCUACUGCAGAGACUGUUUAAAGGGCAGCCACUGGCAGACUUACAGCAAACUGCUACAAAUAAUGGACUGACUGAUGAGGAGUACCAGGCUGUAUUGCUGUAUGCUGCUGGCGUAUUCUCAAACAUGGGCAACUACAAGUCAUUUGGUGACACCAAGUUCAUUCCUAGCCUUCCAAAGGAAAAGUUCCAAAAUCUCGUACUGAACAGUGCAGCAUACAAGGCUGACUCUAAGUCUAUAGAGAAGCUCUGGAACAAGGUAUCUGGGCCUAUGUACUCCUUAGGACCCAAGGUGAAUCAGCUUGGAUUAGGAGAUAAGGGGACUACAACAUAUUUCUCUGCUAAUUGCUCUCAAGUUGAUGCUGAUCUUGCAAACCAGUUCAUUGAACAGAAGCAUAUCAGUCCAUACAACACUAGAUUGUUUAAGAUCUCAGAUUCUGAAUAUGAAAUCAAGCUGGCCUCUGUCUGCACCACUGAUGACCCAGCUCCAAUUCCUGGAUUUGAAGAAAAACCAAUCAUAGGCUGCCAUGCAUUCACUCCUAAUAACUCUGACAAGUCAUACACAUUCAAAGUAACGCGAGGGGACUAUUCAAAGCUUAUGAAACUAGUUGUAGACAACCUGACCAAGGCUAAGCAGUAUGCAGCAAAUGAGAACCAGGAGAAAAUGUUGGAGCAUUAUUGCAAGAGUUUUUCAUGUGGUUCUAUCCAUUCCCAUAAAUCUGGCUCAAAGUUCUGGAUCAGAGACAAGGGACCAGUGGUUGAAAGUUAUAUCGGGUUCAUAGAGUCAUACAGAGAUCCCAAUGGUCUGAGGGGGGAAUUUGAAGGCUUCGUCUCAAUGGUCAACAAAGAAAUGAGUGCAAAGUUUACAGACCUCGUUGCCAAGGCAGAACAUUUUCUACCUCUGCUUCCAUGGGGGACAGCAUUUGAAAAAGAUGAAUUCUUGAAGCCAGAUUUCACAUCCUUGGAUGUCUUGACAUUUGGUGGCAGUGGAAUUCCAGCAGGCAUCAACAUUCCCAAUUAUGAUGAUAUUAGGCAAUCUGAUGGGUUCAAGAAUGUCUCACUUGGCAAUGUACUUUCCUCAGGAUACAAGGACCAAAUCAUAACUUUUCUCACAGAUGAAGACAAGGAAUUAUAUGGUACACUUAAGGCAGCAUCUUUUGAAGUACAAGUAGGUCUACAUGAACUGCUGGGUCACGGAAGUGGAAAGCUGUUUCACAGAAAUGCAGAUGGAACAUUUGACUUUGACACAGAACAUGUUAAGAAUCCACUGACAAAUGAACCUAUAAGCAGCUGGUAUGAGCCAGGACAAACAUGGGAUUCAGUGUUCUCAGCUGUUGCAUCCUCUUAUGAAGAGUGCAGGGCAGAAUGUGUGGGAAUAUACCUUUGUUUAUCUGCAGAAAUACUCAGGAUAUUUGGGCAUGAAGGAGAUACAGCUGAUAAUAUCAUUUACAUCAACUGGUUGAAUAUGGUACGUGCGGGGCUCUGUGGACUCGAGUUUUACACACCAGAAAACCAGCAGUGGAGACAGGCACACAUGCAAGCUAGGUUUGUGAUCCUGAGAGUUUUGCUGGAGGCUGGAGAAGGAUUAGUGACCAUAGAGAAACUGCAAGGGAAGGAUGGACAACCAGAUCUUAUUAUAAGACUAGACAGAAGCAAAAUCAACUCAGUGGGGAAACCUGCAAUAGGGAACUUUCUGCAGAAGCUUCAGAUUUACAAAGCCACUGCUGAUCUGAAGGGUGGCAAAGAUCUGUAUGAUCAUUUCUCUGCUGUGACAGAUGAUGAACCCAACCAUUUCCUUACCAUACGCAAUAUUGUCCUUGCUCGUAAGCAACCACGUAAAAUGUUUGUGCAGUGUAAUACCAAGGUCAAUGGAGAUACAACAGAGCUUGUUGAAUAUGAGUCUUCAUCAACAGGGCUUGUUCAAUCAUUCAUGGAGCGUUUCCCAGAGGGCCUGGUCGAACCUAUCCUCAAUGAGCUCUGGGAGAGUGAUGCUGCACAUUUUUCAUAAUUGACAAUUAAAAUGACUCUACAGUAAUGUCAAACAUGACCUGAAUUAAUAUUUGCUGAAUAUCUGGGUCAUUUUACCCACAAAUUCUAAUGAAAUGACUGUUAGUUGCUCAUAUGUAAAUUGCCAAAAUUCCAAAUGUUUACUAAUCAAUGUGUAACUUUCAAAACAUGAAAUAAAUUCACUAAGUGAUUUUAAAGAUUAACUUAUCAAGUACAUUUUCUAUAUGUCCUCAAUCAGUGGAUAAGAGAAGGCACAGAGGACUAAUGCAAGACUGGUUUGAUUCCUAAAAUAGGGGUUGAAAAAAUCAGGAUGAAAAUUGUGGUUCUUUUCCUGGAAAUUCUGGAGAAAAUCAGGAUUUCCGUAAACAUUAUUAGGAUUUCUAAAGAAUCAGGCUUCUUUUCUGAAAAAUCGGGAUAAAAUCAGGGUUUCUUAAAAAAAUCAUGAGAAAAAUUGAGAUAACAAAAACUAAAUCGACACCAGUCCAAGCAUGUUUGUACACUUAAAUAUUGUUCAGUUGUCAUUUGAACUUCAAAGACUGUCAAUCAAUGCC